AAAGAACUACAAACCAAUCACAAAUUCGUCUGUCAUCGCUUUGUUUAUAAAGAAUUGAGGUUACCGGAAUAGCUCCCAAGUCCUUCCCAGGUUUGAAAGGUCCCUUAAUUCGACAUUAGAAGCAAUCUCCUGCGCAGCCAGAAUGCCGGAAGUUCUCUCAUUCCAACCCUCAACCUUCACGGCGCACUUGUUCCAAGCCAACAUUUCAGAGGCUAAUUUCGUAUAUCGCGUGCUGAAAAUGGAGAAUUCGCUAUUUAUCUACAUCGCAGAAGCUGGAUUCGAGUGCCUCAAUGAGCUCGCCGUGGCCAUGCCCAUGCGAAACAGUGACGAAGUUGUGGCCACCACCAUCACGGGUCCUCUUCUGGGUUGCGAUUCAAAGGAAUUAGCUCUGAAGAUCUCGAAACGUUUGAAGAAACAAAUCUACUUGAGUUGUAAUGUGGCGACAGACCGACUGGUCCGUCCGCUGCUCGAGAAACAUUUAGUGGAACAAAUAAAAGAGCAUCCCGACUGGUUCUAGUUUUUAAA